AUGACUCAUUUGCAGGCAGGUCUCUCCCCGGAGACUCUGGAGAAAGCCCGGCUGGAGCUGAACGAGAACCCCGACACCUUGCACCAGGACAUCCAGGAGGUGCGGGACAUGGUCAUCACCCGGCCGGACAUCGGCUUCCUCCGCACCGACGAUGCCUUCAUCCUGCGGUUUCUGCGGGCCAGGAAGUUUCAGCACUUCGAGGCGUUUCGCCUCCUGGCCCAAUACUUUGAAUAUCGCCAGCAGAACCUGGACAUGUUUAAGAGCUUCAAGGCCACAGACCCGGGCAUCAAGCAAGCGCUGAAGGAUGGUUUCCCCGGCGGACUGGCCAACCUGGACCACUACGGCAGGAAGAUCCUCGUCCUUUUUGCUGCCAACUGGGACCAGAGCAGGUACACGCUGGUGGAUAUUCUGCGUGCCAUACUUCUUUCUUUAGAAGCCAUGAUAGAAGACCCAGAGCUGCAAGUGAAUGGAUUUGUUUUGAUUAUAGACUGGAGCAACUUCACUUUCAAGCAGGCCUCCAAGCUCACACCAAGCAUGCUUAGAUUAGCCAUAGAGGGCCUUCAGGACAGCUUUCCAGCUCGGUUUGGAGGAAUACAUUUUGUCAAUCAGCCGUGGUAUAUCCAUGCCCUCUACACAGUUAUCCGGCCCUUUCUGAAGGAGAAGACACGAAAAAGGAUAUUCCUGCAUGGUAACAACCUCAACAGCCUGCAUCAGCUCAUACACCCUGAGAUCCUGCCUUCAGAGUUUGGAGGAAUGUUGCCCCCCUAUGACAUGGGCACGUGGGCAAGAACACUGCUCGACCAUGAAUACGACGAUGACAGUGAAUGCAAUGCGGACUCCUACAACACUCCUGCAAAGGACAUAGAAAAGGACCUCUCUCCCAAAUCCAUGAAAAGGUCCCAGUCAGUUGUGGAUCCUGGGGUGCUGAAACGCAUGGAUAAGAAUGAGGAAGAAAACAUGCAGCCCUUGCUUUCACUUGACUAACAGUUUUUGGGCAUUGGACAUGAACUGAGGUGGAAGGCACUGUCUCUCAGCAACAAGAAAAUCACUGGGAAAGAGUGUAACAGCUGGAAUCCUAUUUACUGAUGUUAAUGUAGCAUAUUGGCAGCAGGUGUUACUAUUCUGCCUGAAUUCUGGAAGCCCUUUGGUGAAAAAGUGGAGAAAAAAAAAGAAAAUGAAAUAAAAUUAAAAAAAAGGAAUCAAUAAUUUAUUCUGUAAGUGCCAACUUGUUUGUAAAUACAAUAUAAUCCUCCAAUUUUACUUUGUAAGUUAUGAUAAACAAGUGCUAUGGAUAUGAGUGACUAUUAAAUAUGUCUGUGAAGUGCACCAUAAAAAAGAGAAGAAAAUGUGUGUGUUCUCACAUGCACACACACAGAUGGCACAGAGAAAAACAUACUGAACAAAGAAAAACAUCAAAGGUAAUUAAGAGUUGUCCUUCCUAUGGGAAGCCAACUAGUACAUUGACUACUGGAUUUUUUUCUGCAAUGAUCACAUAGUGUGCUAAGAUAAAGAGGGAAUAGAAGUGCUUGGGAGGUGCUGUAAUCAGUGCAAUGUUUCCAAACUGUGGGAAUUGGUUUCUCAAAUAACACUGGGGUCUAGGAUUGCUAUUUAGCAUAAACAAUGUGCAUUGUGAGAAAGAUCACAGGUGAACUGGAACCAACUCUUGGAUAACUUUGUCAUUUAGCUGUAUGGGUCUCUGAGGUUUCAUCCCUAACUUUUCAUUUACACAAGUAACCUGGCUUAGUACCCUAAUCUGGGUGUUGUCAUAUGGGACACAUUGGAGUUACUUCUCUUGCAUUUUGGGUGCACAUCAAGAAUCUUUCCAGAACUCUGUUCUCCCUUGGAGUGAGACAUUAGUCCUCUAACUACAGUGGAAUAACCAGUACCUGAAAGUAAAGCCUGGCAGCAGAAGUUAGUCACUGAAUCCUGUGCACUGGGAGACUGGAUACAUAUAUAUAUAUAUUUUUACCAAUCUCUGACAAGCAUAUGAGGUGACAUUGUUAGAUAAGUAUAUUUCAUUGAAGGUUUAUACAAGAAAUCAUACCUGUUCAAUGUACUUAGAUAUAUUAUAGAUUGUAUAUUGAGACACUGUCAUUAUUACUAUAGUAAAACUUUCCAUAGAUCAACAGCAUCCCCCUCCAAGCAAAGAUUAAUAUGAAUAAGUUUUAGUCAAACAUCUCAGCCUAUAGUUUGGGACACCUUUGUUUUGGUUGUAGUGCAACUGUAUAUACUGAACAUGUGCCAUAAUAGAGAAAUACAUUUUACCUCAAAAGGGCAACAGUUUUCACUAGUGAUUGGGUAAAUCUGCUGAAACAUAGGAGCUGUGUCAUCUCUGUGCGCUGGCUGAUGUGUGUUCAGCCAGCGGCGUGCUGAGGCGAGAAUGUAAUUUCUUAUUAGGACUUAAAUUGACUGUCAGAGUGGGAAGACACACAGGAUGCCCAGCAAGACAUCUGAAUAACUAAAGGUAUUGAAAGAGCAUGUUCAGGCAGUGCAGGGAUUAGUUAUGAAAACACUGACCACACUGGAGGUGAUCGUUCACAGCAACCCUGCCUCCCGAGUGCUAGAGUUUAAAACAUUUCUUCCAUCACUCCAGUGAUAGGUGGAGUUUCCAAGUUACUGGUUGUAGGUCAUCUCUUCUCAUCCAGGAUGAUUACAGCUGUAAGAUUUGGUAGGCUGAGAUGGGUUAAGAGCAGAGAGUGAGAACUUGAAAGUCUGUCGUCUCGAGUUGAGCUGUAACUCCUGUGGUGGCAGCUCCAGCGUUUCUCAGGGCUGAGACGACCCUGACUCUUCCAGCAUCACCCUUGAUUAGCCCAGGCAAAUCACAGAUAAAGCUUUCCUACUUCACAGGUCAUUAGCAGCACUGAUAAAUAGUGCAUGCCCUAAUAUGCCAUCAGCUUGCAGGAACUUGUCUGAACAACUCAUUGCCUUUCUGCUUUCCUAAUUCUGUUUUCAUGGUAUGUGUUAGGAAAUGCAGAGAGGAAAGAUAUGGAGCCUGAACUUCUUAUCAGUCUGUUCUAAAAGCUGUCAGUAGUAGAAACUGUCCUAAUACUACUUCUGUGGUUUGAGAGACUUGAAAAAAUGAUCAGUUCUUAUGUACUCUUUUAUUCAGUUUCAUUUUUCACAUUCCUUGUAAAAUCAUGCUGUAAAAGUGAGAUGUGUCUCCAGUAUUCGCCUAAGUGCUAUUUUUGAAUGUAUGUUAUAUAUUUCCACACUUUUGGUUAGUGGAAUAGUGUAUUGCCAUGGUUAUGAUUUAAAAAUUCUUAUCAGAUAAAACUAAAACAUCAGUAGAAAUGUUCUCCUUAUAAGGGCUUCAGGAUUUAGUCAGUACUCCACAUUUACACAAGCUGUGACACAAUGUGUAAAAAUCUUCACGGAUCCUUUUACAUACAUGGGCCAGACUGGCAUAAGACAGCAGAAUGCUGAUUUCAGAGUACACCACCUGUCCAAUCACAAAAUGCAAAUCUGUUCCACUGUAUGAAGUUUGAAGUUUGUUUUGAAGCUUAUAAAUUUUUGUUUGAAAAUCUUUUAUUUGUGCACUUAACUGUAAUUUAUGUAAUAUUUUCUGGUGUCUGAUUCCAAUUUAAGGUAAUGAGUAUGAAUACAUUUUUUCCAGAAAGUUGAAGUAGGAUAUAUUAUAAUUUUGUGUAACUGGGACCUCAUCUUUCAGUAAGAACAAAAUUGCUUUUUCAAUAAGAUCCUCUCUCUUGAAGAGUUGGGCUACAGGUCAUCUUGGCUGCAGCUUUUAUUUCGCUGAAUCAAAUUCUGACAGUGGUAAUUGCAAUUGUGACAUUGAAAAAGAAUAUGGAAAUGGGUAAAAGAAAUAAAUAUAUUUUACCUGCUCUCACUAUUCUUUGAAGGCAUUUCUCUUUUACAUAUCAGGGUACAUAAAGGGUUCCACCUUUCUUGUAGAAAAUCUUUAUAGGUUGUUCAAUUUUUAUUAGAUGAAUUUGGACUGAAAACUUUUUCCAAUCUUUAUUAUCAUAGGAAAUGCUGUCUAAUUUUUAUAGCAGAAUUGAAGUGCUAAAACCAGAAUGCACAUGCUUGGGAGGAACUCCUCUUAAUUUCUUACCUUUCUUGUGUAUUGGGUAGAAUAAAAACUUGUUGUAAUUAUGCAUGCUGAUAUGCAUAUAAAAAUAUCCUGCAAUAUAAGGAACUUAGUGGAGAAACUGGAUAUACCUGUCCAACUAUGUAAAAAAAAGGAGAAUUAAAAAAAAGUGUAAAAAUUGAUAGUUUUGGGCUUUUGAUAAGAUCUAAAAAUAUCCUCUUACAUAAUGACUUUUCCAAGACACAAAUGUUUAAAAAUAUAUGGAAAAAUUAUGGAAACUUCCAUGACUGAAAUCUACUUGUAAUCAGAGAUGUCAAUAAACUCUUGGCUUUAUAGAGACAGGUAAUCAGACCCACUAAGCUCCAACAAAUACACAGACUUCCUCUCAAUAGUUAUUAGUUGUAAAAUAGUUUGAGAUGUCUUUACAGAAAUGUAAAUUUACUGUAUAGCAUAUUUAAGAAGAUGUUUUGCACUCUACAAACAUGCUAUGCCUAGUCACAAACUGAAAACAGAAUUAAAGAAAAGAAGAGUAAAAGGGACCUCAAGAGGUCACUGAUAUGUGGAGGAGCAGAUUCACUUUAAUGUCGCUCUCAAAUGUUUUAGCUCAGUACCUUGCAUGGAAUGCUCUUUGUAUUAUUUAAUCACAGUCACAGCCAAGCCUAAGCAUAUUACCUGACAAAAUUGUAACCUGACAGUAUUUUGUUCAUGUCUUUUAUUAUUUUCCUGUUCUGUUUGGGAAAUUAAAGUCAAGCAUCAUAAGAACUACCAUUUAGCAUUACUUGGAAAACACUUUGCAAUAAGUUUUGGUCAUAUCCCUGUUAUUAUAUUGUUUCUGUUAUGUUUAUUGAUGUAUGUAUUUGUCAAGUUUUUUGAUAAAGUCAUGUUUGAAAGAGCAUGCAAGAGUGAAAAAAGCAAAACCAA